AUGGAGACGUGCUGUGAUGCUGCAGGUAAAACAUCUAUAAAAUGUGGUGAAACUCUGCUAAAAACGAAAUUUCCUGUGUAUUUAGUUUCCGUCGUUAAUAACACCCGUUCUGACAACUUAACACCAUUAUUCUCACUUGCUUGCUCACAUGAAGACGAAGGGGGAGGCCAGGCAGUCAUAUUGAUCUGAACUGUGUCUGACUCAUAAUUGCAAUAAGGAAAGAACAGAGCGUUGUGCGCCAGGUAAGUUAAAUUAUAAUCGAGAGGUUUGAAGACAGAGAAUAGAAGAAUAGUAACAAAUGUAACUUCUUUAUUUUUGGUUUUAAAGGGCAGCAUAUUUCUUUGUAUACUAGUUCUAACUAGUUCUCCCUAUGGACUUCUGUAGUAUAAACUACUAUUUUAUUCAACGUUUUAACCCCUUAAGGACACAUGACAUGUGUGACAUGUCAUGAUUCCCUUUUAUUCCAGAAGUUUGGUCCUUAAGGGGUUAAACAAGCACCUCUGGUACACUUCAUUGUGCAAUUGUGUAUCAAUGUAGCACAAACAAUAUAUCUUUAAAUGACAUGAAAAGCCAAUAUCUUCCCACUCGUAUCUCUCCCCUGUUUUACAUUAACACACAAUAAUAAGACAAAAAAUGGAGCAAUAUGUAAGUAUUUAUUAAGAUUAUGCUGUUUAGUAGUUUUACAACCGCUGAUAAAUAUAACACACAAAAAACCCAAAAAACCGCAAACAUGAAAGGUGCAUGGUUGUAGCAAUUGAGAAGGAUGGGGGGGGGGGCAGACUCUUGUGUUUACAAGCUUCAGGAUGGAUUGGAUUUUACAAACACUGCAAUAUUGUAUAAAAACCCAAGCUGUGAAAUGUUUGCACUAGUGUGUUUUCUGUCUUUUAUAUUCUACAUACUUUUAACAUGGUUAUUCACUUAAAGGAACACUAUAGCGUUAGGAAUACAAAUAUGUAUUAAGGUCACCAGUGCCGAGGUAGCCCAGUGCUGGAUUAAGGUAAGCAAAUAAAUGGUUAAUUAACCAUUUAUUUGUCACGGAACGGGGCCCUAGUCACCAUUUAGUUCUCAGCUGCAGGGUUAAAACUAGGGGGACCUGGCACCCAGAUCACUUAAUUGAGCUGAAGUGGUCUGGGUGCCUUAAGUGGUCCUUUAAGUGUGAGUUGUCAGGAGUUCAGAGUGAGUUUCAAACUUAAAUUCAAAAUAGCCAAAUAUGAAAAAUUCUCCUGGUCAGCUAUAUGUAUAUUUUUCCGGCUAUUUUCGGUUAAAAGUUAAAAAAUUCAUUUUUGCAAUUGCCAACAUUUAAUACUUUAGUUAAUAGCCCUGUUAAUUAAUUUUGUGAGUAAGGUCCAGGAUACAAAGGCUCCUGCAGAACUCUAUAGCAGAGUUGACAGAAUUUGUCAUGAAAGGAUAACGUCAUAAUCAGCAGGAAAAGUGUUGAAAAAUAAGUAAUAUCUCAUAUAUUUAAUGUAACAAUGUACAUUAUUAUGUUUCCUGUGGGUUUUUUUUCUACACAUGUUGGAGUUAAAUACGAUUUUAAGACGUCAAAGACUGUUAUACAACAUAAUGAUAAACUUGUGGUUUUUAUAUUAAUUCAUGUAUAUUCAUCAAUUUAUGUUCCAUUUAUUGUUGUUUUUAGAAAUCUCUGAAAAUGUUUUUACUGAUCCAUACUAUAAUAAUUGUUGCUCCUGAGACAGGCAUGUAAAAGACAUGAUGGGUGAUAAUUAUAUCCGCCCUGAUUGAUUUGUAAUCUUAACUGUAAAGGGAUGUGUAACACAAUUUAUUCAUUUAUCAAUAGUGUGACAGUGUGAUAAAGGCCUCAACAUCCGCAUCCUAUUCACCUGCUCAACACUAAAAAUAUAUAAAACAAAUAAUUACAAAACGGUUUGCCCUCUGAAAUUCAGGGUCUCAAAAAUCAAUCAAUUCCAUUCCAUCCAUCCAUAUAAAGGCAUUUGCAUCAAAGUCUGUAACCCUUAACAGGAAAUCCCUUUAUCAAUUGAUCAAUUGGUUUAUUGGCAUUCAAUGUGUCUCCCCUCUGGCAUGGCAGCUGCUGAUAUAUACACACACACACACACAGUUCUACAAACAGACAUACACGCUUACUAGAGCUCCUGUCUAAGUCCAGCACUGAGACACACAUGUCCAGGGCUGCCUGUGAUUGAUGGAAGUCACAAUACCAGACUGCGCAGUUACCAUUAUUACGUUUGCCCUUCUCCCAUCGGUGAAAUAUAGUAGGCAAGAGGCCAGGAAGAGAUAGACAGGAAUGUUUAUAAAUUCUAAAUGGGAGGAAAGUAAAACAGGAAUUGAAACCCGGGAGACCAAAAUAGCUGAUCUGGAAAAAAUUUCCACUUCAGCUAGUCAGGGCUUGGCUAUUUUAGCCUUUAUUUUGCAAUUCAGAUUUGAAUUCACAGUAAUUCAGAGUUUAGUAAAUAACCCCUUAGUAUCUCACUCUACACAACACCUUGCCCAGUAUGCCAGUAAGGAGAGAGGGACAGAAUGAGGUGGCAGCCACAGACUGGGCCUGGAACCGCAGGCAGAGAGCCCCUGUGUCUUCAUUAUGUAUGUCUGUGUUUCACUGUGUUACGCAUACUUGCUAUUGCUAACAGUCUUGAAUUCAGGGAAACAGUCCCUAUUUUGGCCACCUUGCUUCUGGGUACACAGUAGAAAAGUGUGACGACUUACAAUAACUGUUUUUUUUUUUUUUGGCUCAUUUCUUUUAGACAGUCACAUCUCUUAA